CCCCCCCCCACCCCGGGCUCCUGAGAUCAUAUUGAACAUGGACAGUGAGGAAAUUCCGACCUUCUCAAGUCCAAAGGAGGAAACUGCCUAUUGGAAAGAGCUUUCCUUGAAGUACAAACAAAGCUUCCAGGAAGCUCGUGAAGAACUGGCUGAAUUUCAGGAGGGAAGCAGGGAACUAGAAGCUGAGUUGGAAGCGCAGCUAGUGCAGGCUGAGCAGAGGAAUAGAGAUUUACAAGCAGAUAACCAAAGGCUGAAAUAUGAAGUGGAAACAUUGAAGGAGAAACUGGAGCACCAGUAUGCACAGAGCUACAAGCAGGUGUCAUUGUUAGAGGAUGACCUGAGCCAGACCCGGGCCAUUAAAGAUCAGCUUCAUAAGUAUGUCAGGGAGCUGGAGCAGGCCAACGAUGACUUGGAGCGUGCCAAGAGGGCAACAAUAGUUUCAUUGGAAGACUUUGAGCAAAGGCUGAACCAGGCGAUAGAGAGAAACGCGUUUCUAGAAAGUGAACUGGAUGACAAGGAGUCACUGCUAGUUUCUGUACAGAGAUUAAAGGAUGAAGCCAGAGACCUGCGGCAGGAGCUGGCAGUACGGGAAAGGCAGCAGGAAGUCACCCGCAAGUCUGCGCCCAGCUCUCCAACUCUGGACUGUGAGAAGAUGGAUUCAGCUGUCCAGGCAUCUCUCUCCUUGCCAGCUACGCCUGUUGGAAAAGGAUCUGAAAAUAGUUUUCCUUCCCCCAAAGCUAUACCAAAUGGAUUUGGUACAAGCCCUCUUACUCCUUCAGCUAGAAUAUCUGCACUCAACAUCGUGGGGGAUCUCUUACGGAAAGUUGGGGCCUUAGAAUCCAAGUUAGCUGCUUGCAGGAAUUUUGCAAAGGACCAGGCAUCACGGAAAUCCUACAUUUCAGGGACCGCUAACAGCAGCGCGAUGAGCAGCAACGGCACCAAGUUCCCUCAUGCAGGGCAUACUUCUUUCUUUGACAAAGGGGCAGUAAACGGCUUUGAUCAAGGGACCCCGGGACUGGGAGCCUCCAGACCUUCCUCAGCACCUGGCAUGCUCCCCCUGAGCGUAUGAGUCGGCGCCAGGCUGUGCUUGGACUCGCGGACGCUUUUCUCGGCCCAACAAGAGAAGUGCUUUGGUUUCUUCCCCCUCCCUGCCCUGCAGGAACAGGACCUGCACCAUGGCAUGCAGCAGUGCCCGUGCUGCUGGAGGAGAGCCCAUGCUUGCAGCCUUUCGUGUCCUGUUAAUAGAGUUAACUGUAGUGGGUGUGCUCUGCGGCCCCGUACCACGUGUUGCACAAGCUGACACAUAGUGCUCUGUUGCAGGGGAUGCAGAACCUCAGCCAGGUGCUGCUCGACCUGUCACUGCAUCUCUUUUCUCAGUUAGGUUUGGUGUGACAAAAACAUUUGCCGCUUUUCUUGAAGGCUACGCCUCUCCCUGCCUGAUCUCACAUCCUGCUGUUUGAGCCAACCAGCUGCUGUCCUUCCCCAUGGGGCUCAAACCUCUCAAGACACACUGAGUGAGGCUGGGAGCAGGAGUGGAGGCUGGCAGUGAGCUCUGGGGAUGUGAGUGAAUGCAGCAUAGAAAUCACUGCUGGACAGGUGAGCAGCUGGCUGUGUCCAUAAGGCCCUUCCCCUGCCCAGCAGAUGGAGGUAGAGCUGGUGCUGGCGUGGGACUUUGCUGAGGAAGGCCCAGCACACAUCAUUUAGCACCAGUGCCCUUAGCAGCUCUGGGCUGAGCUUGGCUGGAGCCUCCUCCCGUGGCACGGGGCCUGCAGCGAGCUUUUUCCCAUGUGCCUGAACCAUCCCAGCACUCUGCCCUCCUUUGUGGCACUUCUGCCCCCCCAGCCAGACAUCAGCUCUUUAGGAAGCCGCUCAGCCCAUGGACUGCAGUGCCCACGAACUGCCUCCUCCCAGCACCCUGCAUCCCUCGGCCCCAUGUUCAGCUCUGUAAUAUAGGACGGGAUUUCAGUGUCACCUGCAGGCUUCUGUGACAGUUUUGGGCGACUGUGUUCCUUGUGGGUCUUUCAGGCGAUGUAUUUGUGCGAGUUCUCUGUCGCUGUGCCUCAGAGUCGGUGGAUUUUGAUGUGAACCAACGAACCCCAGGGGGGUCUGAGGGAAAAAAAAAACCUUCCCAGUUUGGUCCAUCGUGUUCCUUGGCUCUGCAGCUGUACAUUGGUUUAUUUACGAGCGCUGAGAGAAACCAUCGGCCCCAGCAGAACAGAGGUGGGAGCGUUUCCCCCUUUGCCCUUAGGGCCCCUAUGCUCCUCUUUUCCUGUGCAUCCUCUGCUGCAUUUGACUGUUUACAUUUGUUUUAUUGUACAUAGGUUUGUAAACAUAUUAUCUUUGCCUAAGAUCUUUGUACAUAACUUAACUUGGGCUUUGUAGCUUUAUUUAUUCAAAGUCUAUAUGGCAUGUUUCAGUAGGACAGUGUACCAUAACACCGUGGGCACACAGCAUAAUGUGGUUUAAAGACAAAAAAAAAACCAACAACCAAAACCUGAGAGUAAUAUUCCCAAAAUAAAGUUCUUUUAAUGUGGAA